AGCACAGUUCAAUUGAGCAACUUUUUUUCCCCCUCCCCAGCCCUAGCCAUGGAGGUGGGGGCCGCGGGCAGGCUACGGCUGCUGCCCAUAAGUUGGGCUGCUCCUGUUUGCUGCUGAGUGGCGUGUUUCCAUGGGCUUCUCCGGGGGGAGGAUUUGUUAGCAGGGAAAAAAAAGGGGGGGAAGCCCCCAGAGCCCAGCAGCACCCGCCAAAGUGACCCCCCCAGCCGGGGGGGGACACUACCCCGCAGAGCCGACAAUGACCAGCCUCGGCUUUGAUGACACUUCCCUGGACAGCCUGGACCCUUCCCUGACGCUCCAGGAAUCCAGCGAGAUCACCACAGCCCUGCUGAGCGACAUCGAUGACAUGCUCCAGCUGAUCAACACCCAGGACAAUGAGUUCCCGGGCUUGUUUGACACUCCGUUCGGCGCACCUGCCACCCCGAUGCCAGAGGCCAGCACGCCUGUGGGGCUGCCGUCCACACCCGGCUCUCUCGACGGCUACCUGGGGCCCAGCCAGGCGCCCCCCUCCACUCCUGUGAGCAUGUACCAGGUGCCUCCGCCGCUGCAGAGCUUCUCACCGCAGCCCCAGCUGAGGGCCGGGCCAGGCCUGGCGGUGUCACCUGCGUCGGACAUCAAGGAGGAGCCGAUGGCAGUGUCUGCCAGCCAGCCCCGGCCUCUGCCCCAGCCACAGCAGGGGGUGAUGACAGCCCAGAGCUUCGUCCCGGCUUCCCAAGGCCAGUUCACCCCACAACCCUUGCUGGGCUACCAGGGUCAGCACGGCUUCACCGCAGUGCAGCCCGGAGGGGCUGCCCAGUCCCCGGCCAGCCUCCCUCACUCCUCUCCACAGAUGCAGCCCGUCACCCUUCAGGCUCACGUCCAGAACAUCUCGCCCCAGCAGCUGCUGGCCACGGCCACCACCUCCCAAGCUGUCUCCUCCCAGAUCCAGCAAGUCCCGGUCCUGCUGCAGCCCCACUUCAUCAAGGCCGAGUCCCUGUUCCUGACAGCUGUGAAGACUGAUGUCUCUGGGGCAAAGACCUCCAGCCACACGUCACUGGCCACCACGGCGGCCGUCCAGUCUGCGCCGCUGCAGGUCCCGACCCUGGUGAGCGGAGGCACCAUCCUGGCCACGGUGCCGCUGAUGGUGGAUGCCGACAAGCUGCCCAUUAACCGGCUGGCGGCCAGCGGGAAGCCAGUCCUGGUGCAGAACAAAGGCGAGAAGCGCACAGCGCACAACGCCAUCGAGAAGCGCUACCGCUCCUCCAUCAACGACAGGAUCAUGGAGCUCAAGGACCUGGUGGUGGGCUCGGAGGCCAAGAUGAACAAGUCGGCCAUUCUGAGGAAGGCCAUCGACUCCAUCCGCUUCUUGCGGCAGAGCAACCAGAAGCUGAAGCAGGAGAACCUGGCCCUCAAGAUGGCCGCCCAGCAGAACAAGUCCCUGAAGGACCUGGUGGCCACAUGCGGCGGGAAGACGGACGUGCCCAUGGAGGAGAUCAAGCCAGAGAUGAUGGACAUGCUGACGCCUCCGCCCUCGGAUGUGGGCUCCCCCUCCCACAGCAGCUCCCUCUUGCUGAGCAGCGGCAGCAGCAGCAGCGAUUCGGAGCCCGACAGCCCGCUGUUCGAGGAGACCAAGGGGAAGAAGGAGCAGCAGCUGUCCACCGGCAGCCUGGGUAUGCUGGAUCGCUCGCGCAUGGCUCUCUGCGCCUUCGUCUUCCUCUGCCUCUCCUUCAACCCCCUGGCCUCCCUGCUGCGGGGCACCAGCCCCGAGGGCACCCCAGAGAGUGGGGCCUCUCCUGGCCCUGGCAGGAGCAUAAUGGGCCAGCCGGAUUCCGUAGACGAGGCCUCAGGCUGGCCCACCCUGAUCUUCUGGCUGCUCAACGUGCUGGUCGUGCUGGGAGCCUUCGUCCGGCUGUUCAUCUACGGUGAGCCUGUGACCCGCCCCCACUCGGAGCCGUCCGUCCUCUUCUGGAGGCACCGCAAGCAGGCAGACCUGGACCUGGCCCGGGGGGACUUUGCUCAGGCCUCCCAGCACCUGUGGACGGCCCUGAAGGCCUUGGGCCGCCCACUCCCCACCUCCAACUUCGACCUGACCUGCAGCCUCAUGUGGAACCUCAUCCGCCACCUGCUGCAGCGCCUCUGGGUGGGGCGCUGGCUGGCCGGGCGGGCGGGCGGCUUCCGGCGAGACAGCGAGCUGAAGGCUGACGUGCGCAAGAGCGCCCGCGAUGCCGCUCUGGUCUACCACAAGUUGCACCAGCUGCACAUGACAGGGAAGCACGUUGGGGGCCAUCUCUCCGGCAUCAACAUGGCGCUGAGCGCCGUCAACCUGGCCGAGUGCGCCGGCGACACCGUCUCUGUGGCGACGCUUGCUGAGAUCUACGUGGCCGUGGCGCUUCGUGUGAAGACCAGCCUUCACCGGCGCGUCCACUUCCUGGCGCGCCCCUUCCUGUGCAGCGCCCGGCAGGUGUCCCUGUCGCACAGCGGCACUGUGCCCCCGGCCAUGCAGUGGCUCUGCCACCCUGUGGGCCACCGCUUCUUCGUCGAUGGCGACUGGUCUCUGAAGGGCACCCCGAGGGACAGUAUCUACAGCUCCACCGGCAACCCAGUGGACCCCCUGGCUCAGGUGACCCAGCUGUUCCGUGAGCACCUGCUGGAGAAGGCCCUGUGCUGUGUAGCCAUGCCGGAGCCCAGCCUGCCAGUGGCCCACGGGGAAGGGGAGUUCUCCGAUGCCCUGGAGUACUUACAGCUGCUCAACGGAUGCUCAGACACCGCUGGCACCCCCAGCUGCACCCUCUCCAUCAGCGCCGGCAUGGUGGCUGGCACAGGCAGCGACCCUGUUGCCAAGUGGUGGGCGUCCAUCGUCACCGUGGCGAUUCACUGGCUGCAGGGGGAUGACGAGGCGGCUGAACGGCUAUAUCCGCUGGUGGAGACCAUGCCGAGGGCCCUGCAGGUGUCAGAGAAGCCCCUGCCCAGAGCCGCGCUGCACUCCUUCAAGGCCGUGCGGGCCCUGCUGGGGAAGCAGGACAGCAGCCAGGCCAGCUUGGGCCAGUGCGAGAAAGCCAGUGGCUACCUGCGGGACAGCCUGGGGCUCAGCUUGCCCGCCACUGGCACCCUUGACAAGGCGGUUCAGCUCCUCCUGUGCGAUCUGCUCCUCGUGACCCGCACCAACCUGUGGCAGCAGCAGAUGAAUGUCAGCCAGCAGCUGAGCUGCGUCUACCAGGCCUCAGCCCUGGAGCUGCGGGGCUUCCAGCAGGACCUGAGCAGCCUGCGGCGCCUGGCCCAGACCUUCCGGCCAGCCAUGCGCCGGGUGUUCCUGCACGAAGCCACUGCCCGGCUGAUGGCCAGAGCCAGCCCCACCAGGACCCACCAGCUGCUGGACCGCAGCCUGCGCAGGAGAGGGGCUCAGAGCAGCAAAGAAGCCAGCGAGCCAGAGAGCCACCCUACGCCGCGGGAGCAUGCCGAGGCCCUGCUGCUGGCUUGCUGCUACCUCCCGCCCAGCUUCCUCUCUGCUCCAGGCCAGCGCGUGGGCAUGCUGGCCGAGGCCGCCCGCACCCUGGAGAAGCUGGGUGACAAACGGACGCUCCAUGACUGCCAGCAGAUGAUCAUCAAACUGGGCAGUGGCACCACGGUCACCACCGGAUAGCGCCGUGGCCAGAAAGCCAUGGACCAUGGGGGUGGGGAGGCCACCGCUCUAAUGGGACUGAUCCAGUAAGAACUGCUCCAUCAGGGCUGCUGUGCUGUGUCGUGGCCAAUGUGUCUCCUUGCUUAAUUGGCGGGAAUGUUAGUCAUUACUGCUGGGAGGGGCUGGGAGCCAGGACUCCUGGGUUCUAUUCCUGACUCUCUUCUCUGACCCUGGGCAAAUCACCCACGUGUGCCUCAGUUUCCCCAUGGGUGUAAUACACUUCCCUACCUCAGGGGGGUGCUGGCUGCCAAGUGGUGACACUGGUGGUGGGGGGCUGCCCUGGGAGCAGAGAUGCUGUCAUGGCGGGAGGAAAGGGCGGGUGCUCUGAGGGGGCUAAGUGUAGAGGCUGGGGCUGGUGGGUGGGGGGUUGCUGGCCGGGGGUGAUUGCUGAGAACUGGCCCCCUGCACCCACAGAUGGAAGGGGUCCAGCCUGGCCCUGGCUAGAAGAAUGCCCCCAGCAUGUGUGGGGUGCCAGAGGCCCUGUGGCCCAGGCUUUGUGCGGGCGACUGAGCACUGGCCCUGGGAGACACAGCCAGGCCCGGUCCGUAGGCACCCAAAGAGCCUCCCACCCCUCCCCUGUGCUAGGGCCUGGACUCCCAGCUGCUCUCCUGCCCUCACCCUCCAGCACAGCCCCCCACCCUGCUCCCUGCCCUGCCCCAGCUCUCCCUCCCUGCUAUGCUGGGAGUGGGCACUGGGGACCUCUAGUGGCACCUUCUCAGUAUUACCGUAUUGGUCCCUUGCUCCAGCCCUUCUCCCUCGCCUCCAGGCAAAGCGUUCUAGGCUGCUGCCCCAGCGCCCACCCUAGAGUUCCCCAGUGGAAGGCCUCUGCCUCCCUUCCUCAGCCGCUGGCAGUGCCUAUCCCGGUCGUGCACAGUGCUGGUGCUGGGCAUCAACUGGGGGGGCUUCAGGGAAAGGGAAGAGGGCAGUGCUGAGGGGUUGGGGGGGGCAUCUCCCAGGGCUCACAGCGUUGCCCCCUGCCCUGGCCCCUUCGCCUGCGUUUCCUUUUUAAAGGUUAUUUUCAUAGUUGGAGAGUUUUGUACAGACAAUUAAAGCUGCUUAUUUAUA